AUGGGAAACAUCGUGGGAUACCGCUCUGUGGUCUACUUCGUCAACUGGGGUAUCUAUGGACGAGCAUACAACCCAGCCGAUCUCCCAAUCGACAAGUUGACGCAUGUCCUCUAUGCGUUCGCCAACGUCCGCCCAGAAACUGGAGAAGUCUACCUUUCCGAUACCUAUGCUGAUAUCGAGAAGCAUUACCCCGGUGACUCUUGGAGCGAACCAGGAAACAAUGUUUACGGAUGCGCUAAGCAACUGUUUCUCUUGAAGAAGCAGAACCGUAACCUCAAGGUUCUCCUUUCCAUCGGUGGAUGGACUUACUCUGUAAACUUCCCCCAGGCCGCUAGCACCGACGCAAACAGGAAGAAGUUUGCCGAAUCAGCUACCAAAAUUCUCCUUGAUUUGGGAUUUGAUGGUCUUGAUGUUGACUGGGAGUAUCCCAAGGAUGAGACUGAGGCCAAUAACCUUGUCUUGCUCCUGAAGGCUUGCAGAGAGACUCUCAAUGCCAAACAGAAUGGCCGCAAGUUCCUUCUCACUGCUGCUGUUCCAUGCGGCCCCGUUAACUACGAGAAGCUUAAGCUUAAGGAAAUGAGCGCUUAUCUCGACUUCUUCAACCUUAUGGCCUACGACUUCGCUGGUUCUUGGGACAAGAGCUCCGGACACCAGGCUAACUUGAGACCAUCUGGGUCGAACCCCGCCAGCACUCCAUUUUCAACCAGUGCUGCUGUCGACUACUACAACAAGAACGGCAGCGUGCCCAAGAGCCAGAUGGUUCUUGGAAUGCCCCUGUACGGACGUGCUUUCACCAACACCGAUGGUCCUGGCAAGCCCUUCCAGGGAGUUGGCCCAGGAAGCUGGGAGAAUGGUAUCUGGGACUACAAGGUCCUCCCCAAGGACGGAGCCCAGGAGAAGAAAGACGAUGAGAGCGGUGCCUCUUACAGCUAUGACCAAGCCAGCCGUACCAUGAUUUCCUAUGAUACUAUUCCCAUGGUCGAAGAUAAGACCAAGUGGGUUAUCGACAACGGCCUUGGAGGUGGAAUGUGGUGGGAAGCCAGCGGUGACCGAGGUGGUAAGACUGCUACCAAGGCUGGCGGAAGCUUGAUUGCUACCUUCGUUGAGGGUGUGACUGCCAAUGGCCAGAAGGGAUUGGAGAAGUCCCAGAACUCCAUCUCAUACCCCGAGAGUCAAUACGAGAACAUGAAGAAGGGCAUCCCCUGA